CGGCCUGCAGGGGGCCGGUCGGAUCGCCGGGGCCCUGCCCGUGCCCGCCUCGGACGGCGUGGGUGUCCCUCUUUUUUUGACUCGCGGGGCCGGGCCGGUUUGGCAGCCAGGCUCGGCCCGCAGGCGCAAGCUUGCGCCCCCGGCCCCCAAGCUGCCCACGUAGUUGGUCACUUUUAUCUAUGUGCCAUGCCUGUUAUAGGUGUUUGCGCCCGCCGGCGCACAAGUAGAUGUUGGCGCGCCGGCCAAGGGGGGCGCCUUGGUGCUACCUGACGCGCGGGCGCGGGCUCGCUGCCUGGCGGCUCGUGUGGGGCCGCGCGCAUGCGCUCGUGGUUUGUUGUGGAGCUGAGGUGUUGUGCGCAUCAAUGUUGCGUGGCGUUCCGAAUCAGGUGGCCCUGGCUCGCAUCACGGGCGACUUGCAGUCCGCGCUCGCCGUUCUGUAUCCUCUCGACCAUCAUGCA